UCUUUUCAUGCCAUGCAGGAGGGCUACAUCUCGUCCACAUCACGGUUACAGCGUCUGCUGGCCGAGUCUCAGGAAAUGGUGGCAAGUUUGGAGAGUUCUACCAAGAAAUCUGUGAGCCCAGCGAAACCUCAGAGCCCAAUGAACCAUGAUGUCAUUUGUCACCUCCAAAGUAAUCAUGGCAACGGCAGCCACUCCCAAUCCUCCACCCUUAGCCAGGAGAGCAGACAAACACACGGGGAAAGAGACUCCCAGAUCGAAAGCAGUCCACGUUUGCAUCAAGGAAACAAGUAAUGUGGUCCAUAAAGCCACGAGAAGCAGCGAAUCCCCGCUUACUUCCAUCUUCUCCACAGCUUCUGAAAAUAAAUCAGUUCUUUGCAACCAAAGAGGAGUUUUGUGAAGCUAACAAGUAGUUUUUACAGAUUUACAUUUUUAUCAAAGUCUAUUUUUAUGAUAUGUGUAUUAAAAUAAGCAUUAAUGAUUAAUGCUACAGAAGCACUACCUCUGAACAAUGUAAAGACUGUCGUUAUUUAUAAACUACUUUCUUCAAGUGUUAAACCUGUCGUACAAGAUGACACAGUGGUGCUGGUUGUUUUUUGUGUCAUUCCAGUUUCACUGUCAUCAAACAGGUUUGGUUUCAGAGAUAAUGAACUGUGAUGUGGCUCUUGUCCCGAUCAUUGUUUCACACCUGAAAUGCAGUCUUGUUCUCACAGUAAGGACAAGGAGCCACCGAAAUUUGCCUAAUCUCAGGACAUUUGAAAGAACAAUAAAGGUCUUUACAUGCUGUCAUUAACUUUAUUCUUUUAAGAGUGACAUUUUAGUGUUUAUUUAUAAUAAACAAAUAAACACUAAAAUAAGUGUUUAUUCACGGUUUAAGUAGUUGGAAUAUUUGACUUUUUUUUUUGGACUGAAAUACAAGUUCAGAUUGAGGAAACGCUGUAGAUAGAGCGCGCGUGAGGAAACUCAACUGUGUGUGACUCGUUGACGUGACAGGUAGUGUGUGUGUGUGUGUGUGUGUGUGUGUGUGUGUGUGUCGGGACUCACUCGAUCAUUUGUACAUCUGGAUUCAUCUGAGGAAGGAGUUGAACAUGGCCUCGAAGAAAACCGAAUCGAAGAAAAACGAGAAAACGGAUAAAUCUGAAAAAGCUUUAGCUGCAGAAAAGGAGCAAUUCGUCAAACUUCAGCUUCAAAGCAUCACCAAAUCCAUCACCAAUGUGGAGGCCCCUAUCAAAGAGAAAUAUGGACGCAAUAUCAUUUUAGGCACACAUAAGGAAGGCGGUGCUGUCACGUUCUGGUCUCACGCCGUGAGUCUGCCGCUGUCCAGUAACGCAAUCCUCAGCUGGAAGUUCUGCCACGUGGUGCACAAACUGCUUCGAGACGGCCAUCCUAACACUUUACGAGACAGCAGAGGUCACACCGCAAGCAUUAGACAGAUGGGAACAUUAUGGGGGAAUCUACAUGAUAGAUAUGGACAUAUUGUUGCUCUGUAUGCCAAGCUGCUGUGUAUUAAAAUCGAUUUCCAUUUAAAGCAUCUGGAGAUCCCACCAAACCUUGACGCUCCUGAGCAGGUUCUUGAUAAAGCCAUCGCCAUUGAUAUCAACAAAGUGUUUGACAUGACAGGCGAGGUUCUGGAGUACAUGGAAGCAGCUCUAAAGCUGCAAGAAACAGUUUUCCGGCAGAUGGAGUCGAGCUCCACCAGCUCUACCACUCCUGUGGGUCAGUGCCGUCUGGCACCGCUGGUUCUCGUCAUCCAGGACUGCGGUCCGCUCUACCAUUUCCUGGUCAAGCUCUUGUUCAAGCUACACAGCAGAAUACCGGUGGACGCUCUGUUAGGACACAGGGAACGUUUCCGCGAGCAGUUCAACAGUUUGACGCAGUUUUUCGAGAGAGCGAGAGGGAUGGAGUUUUUCAAAUCUAUCAUUCAGAUUCCUGAUCUUCCCGAUGAACCUCCAAAUUUCCUGCGUGCGGCUUCACUCGCUGAUCACGUGAAGCCUGUGGUCGUUCAGAAUGAGACAUUCCCUGACUUCGAUGAUACGGACACGCAGCUGGAUUUCGGUGAAGGAAACUAUCAGAUGUAUUAUGGAUACAACCAGUUUGACCCUCCAAUUGACAUACAAGAGCAAAGAGAGACCGAGGCUGAUACUCUGAGGAAAGAACUAGAGGUGGUGAAACCAGAGCUGGAGCUCAUAAAAGUGGAGGCCCAGCGCGCUGUGGUCCAGCUCAAAUCUCAGGUCAAUAAACUGGAAUCCGAGCUUGAGGACCAGCGGACGCACAAGCAGAUGGCGCUGGUGGAGAACGAGCGUCUGCGUAUGGAGGUGGAGAACCUCAGAACCCAGACCGCAGUCGCUGCCAGCAUACAGGCCACGGUGGAGGACGCGGGCAGCAGAGCUCAGACUGCUCAGGUACAUUUCAGUCGACUCAAAGAGAAACACGCCGAGCUGGUCAGCAGACAUGCUGAUCUCAUGCGGAAGAAUGCAGAGAUGGUGAAGCAGCUCAGCAGCACUCAGCAGGCGCAGGAGGAGCUGCUCACAUACAAACAGCAGACGGCCGUAGAGCUGGAGCAUCUGAGACAGGACAACAGCUCAAAGCUGGAGGCACAGAGAGCAGAAAUUGAACGUUUGAAGCAAGAGCUAGCAAACGAGAGGGCUGAAAUGUUCCGAGUCCAUAAUAGUUUGCAGAGCAAGGAGAAGGCCGGAGACGAGUUGAGCAGUGUGUUGGUGGGUCUUCAGGCAGAAAAAGAAACACUACUUCGUACAGUGAGAGAUCAGGAAGCUGAGAUUGCUAGUCUGCGUCAGGCCGCCCAACUCCACCAGACCAUGCUACAGCAGGAGAGAGACCGACAUCAGAGAGAGAUGACAGCGCUGCAGAACCAGCUGCAGGAAAAAUUGUGUCGGGAGCAGGAGCUGCAGCUGGAGAUGGAGAAGAUGAGACGUGAGCUGGAGGAGAAGCGAGUGGAGCUGCUGCGUGCUCAAAGUGCUCUGAACAGUAAAGAAUCUACAGGAGACCAGCUGAGCAGUGUGUUAGUGGGUCUGCAGGCACAGAAGGAGGUUCUUCUACGUUCAGUGAAAGAACAGGAGGCUGAGAUCACUAACCUGCGUCAGGCCGCCCAGCUCCACCAGGCCACGCUGCUGCAGGAGAGAGACAGGAGUCAGAGAGAGAUGACAGCGCUGCAGAGCCAAAUGCAGGCCAAGUUUAGUCUGGAUUCAGGACUGUUCCAGCAGAAGCUGCAGGAUGAGCAGUUCAGUCUGUUGCAGUGCGCUGUGGUGGAGGCCGAGGGCAUCGUGCUGGACGCUGUGGCCAAAGUGGACGACCCACUACACGUGCGCUGCAUCAGCACCCCAGAGUAUUUGAUCAAUCGUGCUGAGUUGACGUUGGCGUCCCUUGAUAAGAUGCAGCAGAGUCAUGCAGUCUAUUUGAGGAACAUGGAUGACGCCAGUGGUUUGUUGAGGUCGGUGACCCAGUUCUCUCAUCUCAUUGCUGACACUAUUGUGAAUGGAGCAGGAACUGCACACUCAGCGCCUACGGACCAAGCAGACCGUUUGACUGAUAACUGCCGGGAUUGUGCCACUCACUGCCUCCAGUAUCUGAAAGAGCUGAAGCUGAAGGCUACGCUCCCGGGAGCUGACCCUACUGCUGUCCGCUAUGUGGUCCAGCGUAUCCUCAACCAAGGACAGGAACUGCGGCCCAGGGGAGCAGAUGUGCGGAAGGAAGAGCUGGCAGAGAUGGUGGAUAAGGAAAUGGCUGCGACUUCCACUGCCAUUGAAGAUGCUGUGUUGAGAAUGGAUGAAAUAUUGAGCCAGGCAAGAAGAGAGUCAUCUGGAGUGAAGCUGGAAGUUAACCAAAACAUCAUUGGCUCGUGUUCAGAUCUAAUGAAGGCUAUACACAUGCUGGUGACGGCUGCUACUGACCUGCAGAGAGACAUUGUGGACAGUGGCCGGGGUGCUGGUUCUGUCAAAGACUUCUAUGCUAAAAAUUCACGUUGGACGGAGGGACUCAUUUCAGCGUCAAAGGCUGUAGGAUGGGGAGCAACGCAGAUGCUUGAAUCAGCUGAUAAAGUCGUGACUGACAAAGGCAAAUAUGAAGAGCUGAUUGUCUGCUCUCAUGAGAUCGCCGCCAGUACGGCACAACUUGUCGCUGCUUCAAAGGUAAAGGCAGAUCGCGGCAACAAGAGGCUCCAAACAUUACAGCAAGCAUCCCGUCACGUGAAUGACAUGGCCGCUGUCGUGGUGUCGUCUACUAAAUCAGGACAAAUGCAGAUUGAGAACAAGGACUCCAUGGAUUUUUCUGGCUUGUCUCUUAUAAAACUCAAAACAGAGGAAAUGGAUUCUCAGGUGAAAGUAUUAGAGUUGGAGAAGCAGUUGGUGAACGAGCGUAUACGAUUGGGAGAACUCAGGAAAAAGCACUAUGAGAUGGGAGGGAUCCCGAUGGACUCGCCUCCAGGGAAUACAGUCAAUAGUUUUGACAGUUCACUUCCUACUGUUUUUCCUGACCCGCCCAAUUUGGAUCUGCCCAAUCUGGACACGUUCACACUGGACCCACCCAGAUUCGAACCACUUCGACUGGACCCGCCCAGACCGGAGCCCCCCGCGCCCGAACCUGCCAAAACCAGCUCUAAACGAUCCUCAAUCUUCCAGAAAUCAGGCAGUCGCCUCAAGAAUGCAUUUAGGUGAAAGGAGUCUGAGCCCUGGAUGUAUGAAGAAGAAACCAUCAUAAUGUAUAUUAUUUUCUUUGUUUUAUCACGAGUCUCUACUGUAUAUCUUCCUUCAUGCAAUACAGUAUGGUGUGAAUUAAAUAUUUAAAAUUAUGCUUUUAAUUUAUACUAUCAUUUAUUGAAUUGCUACAGUGAAAUAUUUUAUCAUGCAAUUAUUUGUAAUUUUAAUAAGUACCAGGUUGAAGACUUUACCUUUACCUUUUUUAAUCAGCACCAUCAAUUGAUGGCUGGUAGUUAAUUUGGGAUCUUUUAACAACUUUUAUGAUUUUAAAGUAAAUGAACUUGAAGUUUUAAAUGUAAACUGAAGUAAAUAAAAAAAAAACAUGUUGGGUAAGUUAUGCAUGUGCUGGUUGUUCUUAAUACCUGUAUUUACAGAUUACAACAAAUUAAAAACAUGUUGGAAAACCAUUUAAAAACCAUCCAUGAAAUCAUAAUUUAAUAUGUUUAUUAAAUUGUUAAUAUUAAUUAACCUGCAUACU